AUGAAUGUGCCUUUUGAGGAGAGUGUCACAGAUAUCUCCCUCAAUAAGAAUCAAAAGACUUUUGAAAAGAACGACUUAUUAGCGCAGAGUUAAAAAAAUCCCUCCCAGUAUUUGAAAGAAUAGUCCAGUCAUAAUUAGGUGGAGGACUAUUAAGAUAGCAUGACAGAUCUGAAAAACAAUCUCAAUAAUCUCGAGAAGUUGUCAAAGCACAAAUCAGAACUCAAAAAUUAGUUCAAUUAUCCAAUGUAUGAGAGUUAAUACAGCACUUCAAGCAAGAGUAAGAAUCAUAGACCUGGAAUUGGUAACAGAAACUUUGUUCCAUUAAAAUCAGACGUUUCUCAAAUUUAUUCCUAAAAGUAGCAUCACCAUUAGAUGUAUAGACUUAGCAAAGGCAAAUAGCACGAUAUGAAACUCACUGCUGAUCUUUCAAUCAAAGACUCAGAGUUCCCCUUGAUGGACUAAGAGAAAAGUCCUAAUACAUAGCAGGAUUAUUCCUUGGAUUAUAAAAAUAGUACUAAUGGGGGUGAACAAAAGCAAUUGUAGAUGAAAGAUGAGCUGAACAAGAGUAGUUUAUAUUUGGUUCAGCAGACUUCGAAGAAUUCUACAGGAAACUAAAAGUCAAAGUUAUUAAUAGAUAUUAGCCCAAACAUACAUAACAUCCAUAUCCAAAGAAACUCCCCAAACGACUAUGAUGAGUUUAAAAAUCAUGAUUCCCCAAUGAAAAAGUAUGGCCAAGGCCUAAUUUAUAAGGCUUUCAAAGUAGUUACAGAUGAAGAUGAGUAGUAAAAAUAAAUAAAUACCGAAGUAAAUCCACUUAAGCUUAAUCUUAAUUUCACUAACAAUCAGUCCCCUAAACCAAUGCUAUAGUCUCUAUAUGCAAUGAAGAAUUUUUAUACAAAUAGGAAUGUAAAUUUUCUCAAAUUUUUCCAGUCAAGCAACAAUGAGGACACUUAAUACAAAUACAGGUUCAACUAUGACGUAUUCAAUAAUAGAUAGUUUAUGCAUAAAAGAUCUAGAAGUUAAAACAGUCAUUCAAACGCAAACAAUGAUGCCUUUAAAUAGAAAUUAUUCGAUUACAUUUCAAAGAACAGUCUAGAUGAGAAAUCAGCCCUUGAUUGCCAUUUCUCUCGCUAGAGCAAUUACGUAGCUCCUCAAUCCUUCAGAAAGGAUCGAACUCUCUCCAAAUAAAGACACUCUAACCUAGUAUCUAAACUUAACUCUAUCGUUUUUCAAUAAGGAAAUAAGCCUAAGACAGCUCAAGAAUCGUUGAAUCAAGAUCUUUCAGUCAGAAUGAAUUGCUAACCUAUAUAGAAAAAUAUCAGGAAAUAAAUGCUGGAUGAUUAAUAGCCAAUUCUCCUUAUUCCACCCUCACUAAAGAGAAAUACUUUAGAGACCUUCUAGUAGUAAGAAAUUAAAAUUCCAUUAUUCAAUCAGCUUGAUGCUCCUAGUCCGUAAAAUCGACUUACAAUUGGCAAUCCAAAAUUUAGCAUCACCUAUCAGGCAGAUAAAAGCCCAGUGUCAUCUAAGCAUACCACACCAUAGCUCUCAAAUAGGCAAUCUAGAUUUUAGUCCCUAGAUAAUCAAAACAGAGAUAUUAUUAAGCAAUCAUUAAGUAAUAAUAACAAUAACAGCAACACCAACAAUUUUAACAAUGCCAGUUUAAAUAUCAAUAAUAAUGCGAGUGUAACCAAUAAUAACAACCAUACUAAAUAAGAAAAAUCUCCUAUUGGUAGAUAGUUCUCAAUUACUCCACUGAUAAAAAGGAAGGAGCAAAUGAUCAACGUUAUGAUUAUGAAGUAAAGAGCAAAAUCAUAGUUGAAAGGCAUCCGUGAGAAUACAGGUACUCUUAAGAAAAAGUUUGAGUAUCAAAGACUCAUGAUAAGUAACUAGCUAGAUUAGUUGAAAGUGCUGGAGAAUUACAUUGUUGAAAUCAGAAAUAAAUAGGUCUAGGACAAGGAUGAGAUACUAGGGGUUGGACCUGGAUACGUGCUACCUUAAGCUGUGAGUACAUAACCUUAGAUUCUCAAUCAAACUAAGAAAGGCAUCAACAGCAGAGAAAUUUUGGAAUUUUAGGUGUAAAAAAAUAUUAGUAAGCAGUUGAAAGGGAAUGCUGCUAAAAUUUUCAUGGCUUCAAUAAAAAGUUGA